AUGAAUCCCCCAUCGGUUUUCGGUUGGUGGCUGGUGCUCUUGCUUGCGGCAUGUACAUCUGCCAAAUCCUCGACGGUUGUGAGCGAAUCGAACGAUUCCCAGAACUGUCCUGCGGUGAAUGAUGUCAAUCCACAGCAGUGUUGCCGCAGCUUCCUUGACCUGCAUCGCGGCAUUAUUGAAUGUCUGCCUCCGCCGGGCAGAACUGGGCAGUCUUGUAUAGUGCUCUGCCUGCUGCAAAACUACCGCACGUACCGGCUGUUCACCAGCAUGCCGCUUUCUGUAUCAAGUAUCAUCACGAUCGCUCCAAAAUUGAUUACCCACUUUGACCGGUGCCAGAGCGGGCUGCUCGAUUUCUUCGCCGGGAAUACGUUCGAGGGCGACUUCCGGACGAUUCUAUGUGACGAACGUGUCAAUGGAUUUCUGGAGUGUAUGGUGAAACACUGGUUUCAGGACUGCAUGGGAUUCGAUAGCGAGAACUCGAAGUGCGUUGAGUUGCAGAGUGCCGUAAAAGCAUCGAACUGCUCCAUUGGAUCAAUAUUUGCGCUAAAACCGCGCAACUGAAUGCGCGUUGGGG